AUGUGGAGUUUUCUAUUACUCUGGUUGGCUGUUGUCGUGUGCUUAGCCGUCGCUAAAGAUGUGUCGUUCACAAUCAACCUAACGUGGGACUAUGGCUCCCCGGACGGCUUCCGCAGAAAGAUGAUUCUCAUAAACGGCACCUCGCCCGGUCCAGCUCUCCUCCUAGACCAAGGAGACAACGUGAAGUUCCUCGUCCACAACAAUCUGCCAAGCAACACCACCAUCCACUUCCACGGCAUCACUCAACUCAGGACACCUUGGUCUGAUGGCGUUCCCGGGAUUUCGCAAAAGCCAAUUCUGCCCGGGGAGUCAUUCCUCUAUCAGUGGACGGCUGAUGACUAUGGCACGUACUGGUACCAUGGCCACUACCUCUCUGACAUUAGCGAUGGUCUGAUGGGCCCGAUACACGUCAAUCCUAGCCCCCAGCAGCCCUUGCCAUACAGCCUCAUCAACUCGUCGCAGGCCGAAGUCGCGGCAAUGGCAAAGGCAGCGGCUAAUCCCCAGCUCGUCAUGAUUUCAGACUGGAGUCAUCUGGACUCAGCGGCCGUGUUCCAGGCAGAGAUUGAUGCUAACCUGGACUUGUACUGCACAAACUCGAUCCUGAUCAAUGGACGAGGCAAGGUGAGCUGUCUGCCCAUAUCCACGUACAUGUCGCUCGCAGCGCCCUCCACCCUACAAGCCCUGAACGGGCGAAACAUUACCGCGCAAGGUUGCUCGCCUCCUGGGAUUGCCGAGAUUGAGGGCAACUUCCAGUUCAACCUGAGUGCAUUGCCACCGGUGCUGGCGUACUCGUGCGAGGCUACCAACACCACGCCGUCCGUCUUCUAUGUCAGCAGGACCGACCGUUGGGUCAGUCUCAACUUCAUCCUCGGCGCUUCUGUGCAGACCCCGAUGGUCUCUAUCGAUGACCAUGACAUGUGGAUCUACGCUGCAGACGGCCAGUUUAUACAACCGCAGCGCGUCGACGGGGUGCUCAUCUUUAGCGCGCAGCGCUACUCGGCCCUCGUCAGACUCAAAGACAAGCCCAGCUACGACGCCUAUACCGUGCGCUUCUCCAAUAUUGAUACCAUCGCGCCUGACUCGCACGCCCUCUUCAACCAGGCUGGCAGCGCGACCAAUAGCUCAGUCGUCACCCUUGACAUGAGUUCGCUCGCACCAUAUCCCGCUAUCAAGCCCGCACAGGACGUAGAUGCGACGCACAUAUACAAGGCUGGCCGCGAUGGCGCCGCCUGGAACUGGACCCUGAGCGCAAGUCCAAUUCCCCUCCCUUCCGCCCUUCUCGGAAACAUGUCGUACCCAAUGUCUAUGACGGAGGACUAUCCCCUCCUCUUUGAUCCCAACAGCACUGCCGCUGUCAACCCCAAUCUCACAAUCCGCACCCUCAAUGGAACUUGGGUGGACAUUAUCGUUCUCACUGAUCCCGGUAGCCAGAACCCCACGCAGCCGCCACACUCGUUCCACAAGCAUAGCAACAAGUUCUUCAUAAUCGGCAGCGGUACAGGUGCUUUCAACUACACCUCCGUCAAGGAGGCUAUGCAAGAGCAGCCGGAGUCCUUCAAUCUCGACAACCCCCCCCUUUCGCGACAGUUUCGUGUCAAGUGCCCGCCGGGCAUGCCAACCUGGAUCGUGAUUCGCUACCAGAGCAUGAAUCCUGGAGCCUUCAUCCUGCACUGCCACAUCCAGCCUCAUUUCGCGGGUGGCAUGGCUAUGGCAAUGCUCGAUGGCGUGGACAAGUGGCCCGCAAUCCCGGCAGCGUACCGUACGAAUGGUGGCGCCACCGGCAUGUAG